AUGAAGAAGGAAUCGAACCCUGGUCUUGCAUGGCCUCGUUGGAGACAUACCAUGCGAGAAGCCUUCUCGGAGUUCAUGGGCGUGUUCAUCUUGAUCUUGUUCGGUGAUGGUGUUGUUGCACAGGUCGUGUUGAGUGAUGGCAAGAAGGGCGACUACCAGUCAAUCUCAUGGGGAUGGGGCAUCGGUGUCAUGCUCGGUGUCUACGCAUCCGGCAUUUCCGGCGGCCACAUCAACCCCGCCGUAACCUUCGCCAACUGCGUCUUCCGCAAAUUUCCCUGGAGGAAGUUUCCCAUCUACCUCAUCGCUCAAGUCCUCGGCGCAAUGUGUGCCUCGGGAGUCGUGUACGCCAAUUACUACUCGGCCAUCGAUCAGUUCGAAGGCGGAUCCGGAAUCAGGACGAUGGCGACCGCGGGCAUCUUCUGCACGUACCCAGCCGAAUUCAUGACGAGGACGGGCAUGUUCUUUAGCGAGUUCAUCGCCAGUACGAUCUUGAUGUUCAUGAUCUACGCCAUCAAGGACGAUCAUAAUAUCGGAGCGAAGAAUUUGACGCCGUUGGUGUUGUUCUUUAUCAUUUUUGGUAUUGGUGCUUGCUUCGGUUGGGAGACUGGUUACGCAAUCAACCUUGCUCGUGACUUCGGCCCGCGUCUGAUGUCGUACAUGCUUGGAUAUGGCACUCAGGUGUGGUCGGCGGGAGGAUACUACUUCUGGAUCCCAAUGGUCGCUCCAUUUAUCGGCUGCGUCUUUGGCGGUUUCCUCUACGACCUCCUCGUCUUCACCGGCGAGAGCCCGAUCAACACGCCCUACUUGGGACUCUACCGUCUCAUCCCCAGCAAGAGGCAGAAGUACGAUGGCAUCAUGUAUGAGCGUGAGGAGGAUAGCAUUGUAUAG